AUGGUUGUAUCUGUUUGUGGUGACACCGCCGUUACUGCUACGGCUACGGCUGCGGAUGACGUGCGCGGUGGUGUGGAUGACGUUGUGCGCAUCGACGGGGUGUACUACGAUACGGCGCGGCUAGCCGCCACGCACCCCGGCGGCGCCAUGAUGGUCAACAUGGCGAACGGCACCGACGGCACCCGCAUCUUCCUCAGCUACCACCGUCGCCGGUUCCCGCAUGAGAAGUACAAGCAUCUGCAGGUGGCUGCGGCGGACGUGCGGCCCGGUGCCGUGCCGGAGAGCGAGCCGCCGAAAUUUGACAGGUACCUGGAGUUGUGCGAGUUGGUGCGACCGGUCCUGGCGCCCACCGGUGGCUUUGCGCCGUUGUACUACUAUAUCAAGGCUCUGCUGUGGUGCGUGAUCGUGAUUGGGCUCGACCUGUACGCUCUCUUCGCAUGGCGCCCGCACUACUUGACGAUCAUUCAGUCUAUGGCAAUGGCUAUGAUGGGUUUAAAUGUCCAGCACGAUGCCAACCAUGGUGCACUGAGUCGGAAUCCAAUGGUGAAUGGCCUUUUUGGUUUGACGCAGGACCUUAUUGGGGGAAGUCGUAUUAGCUGGAUCAUCCACCACAAUUUUAUACAUCACAUUUAUACCAAUGAACCAAAGCGUGAUCUGGAUCUAGACAUACCUUUGCUGCGGCUACACCGGUUUGUACCUAAGCGUUCGUAUUAUGCCCUUCAGCAGAUGUACUUCAUUGUUUUGGAAGCUGUCUUUGGCCCUGUUCACGUUAUCUCCAAUGCAUUGUUUUUAUGGCAUGGACCGAACGAGCGGCAAAAAUUUCUGCGUGGGGUGUGGAACAUUAGUCGUGUUAUGACACUAAUUCCGCCUCUGCGGUUGGCGUUCAAUUUCCUACACGCUCCAUCUCUUUUUGACGCGGUGCUGGGUUCUUUUUUGCAGUACGCGCUUGGAGGUAUGUAUCUCGCUUUCUUUUUUGUGAUAUCUCACAACUUUUGUGGGGCGAAGAAAGAGGGGACAAGCGACGGUAAGUGUUUUCUUGCGGCGCAAGUUGAAACGAGUAGCAAUGUAGGUGGUUGGUUGUUGGCUCAGUUAAAUGGCGGAUUGAAUUACCAGAUUGAGCAUCACCUUUUCCCUCGCGUUCAUCAUGGCUAUUAUUGCUAUCUUGCGCCCAUCGUACAGGUGUAUUGUGCCAAACACGGCAUUCCGUACACCCACUUCGAGACCGUACAGGACAACGUGAUCAGCACCUUUGACCACUUGGCUAUUUACGGGCAGGGGCUGGAGGAGACCAAAAAAGCUUAG